CAUUUAACUAUAUUCACUAGGAGAGUGGUCAUUUCCUUUUUUUUUCGUCUAAUUCGUCUGAUAUAUAAUAAUAAUGAUGAUAACAAUAAUAAUGUAGCAUGUUCCUUUCCCUAUAUUCACUUGGAGAAAGGUCAUUCCUCUCCUUCAUCUAAUUCUCCUAAUAUAAUAAAACUAAUAAUGUAGUUUCAUUUCAUAUCGCACCGGGAGAAGGGUCAGUCCAGACGGUGGCCGGGUCGCUGAGGUUGAACUUCCCGGCGUAACCUCGGAUAUUUACGAGCCGGGCGGCUCACUGCCUUGCUGCGUCGGUCCACCAGGGGGCGCUGACGUCAACACAAAGCACCAGGUGGUCAGGGACAACUUGAGAAAGGAGGAGGCCAUUCACUAGCUUGUUAGCUAAAACACAACCUAGCUACCGUUAGCUAGCCGGCUAACGAGCGAGCUAAAGCAGCAGUGUGUCUUAAUGUCGCCGCUCUUAUCAAGUGAUGGCAAAAGAACAGUGUUCACAAAUCGAAGCUGAACUGUAUUACCUCAUUGCCAGAUUUCUGCAGUCUGGACCCUGUAAAAAAUCAGCACAGAUUCUAGUCGAGGAGCUGGAGGAGUAUGAGUUGAUUCCUAAACGAUGGAGUUGGGACGGGAAGAAAUACAACCGGACCUUCCAAGACUGGGUGUUUGUGAACCAGCACAUUCCUGCAGACUAUCUGCUCCGUGUUUGUCAGCGGAUCGGCCCACUCAUCGAGAAGGAGAUCCCACCUAGCGUCCCUGGGGUCCACACCCUCCUUGGGUUGGGAAGACAGUCUUUGCUCCGAACCACCAAAAGUUGUAGCCACAAAGUAUGCAGUGGUUCGGCUGUUGCUGCCCUCCACCGGGGCCGUCCGCCAGAACCUCCAGUCAACAUCCCUCCCAGCGUUGUGUCCAUCAUGGGCGCUCGCCAGGCCACAGGCACAGCCCGAUUCGGCCAGGCCUUGCCGUCUUCCACCUACCAACACAUGAAGAUACACAAACGCAUCCUGGGCCACCUUUCCUCAGUUUACUGUGUAGCCUUUGACCGAACCGGCCGGCGGAUAUUUACGGGUUCUGAUGACUGCUUGGUGAAAAUCUGGGCCACUGAUGAUGGUCGGCUCCUUGCCACACUACGCGGUCACGCAGCAGAGAUCUCCGACAUGGCCGUCAACCACGAGAACACUCUCAUUGCCUCAGCCAGCUGUGACAAGGUCAUCAGACUGUGGUGUCUGCGUACCUGUGCUCCAAUCACUGUCCUACAGGGCCACGCUGCUUCCAUCACCUCCAUACAGUUCUGUCCCGCAGUCAAAGGGACGACACGGUACCUGGCCUCCACAGGUGCAGAUGGCAUGGUGUGCUUCUGGCAGUGGCACUCACUCAGCAUGAAGUUCAAUGAUCAACCAGUCAAGUUCAUUGAGCGGUCACGCCCAGGCGUUCAAGUCUCCACUUCUUCCUUCAGUAGCGGCGGCAUGUUCCUGGCAACUGGUGGCACCGAUCAUGUGAUCAGGGUCUACUAUCUUGGUGCUCAGACUCCCAUGAAGCUCUCUGAGAUGGACGCUCAUGCGGAUAAAGUUGUAGUAGUCCAGUUCUGCAAUAACAGUGACAGUCUAAGGUUUGUGAGCGGCUGUCGUGAUGGCACCGCCAGGAUCUGGCAUUACCAGCAACAGGAGUGGAAGAGCAUCACAUUAGACAUGGCUACCAGGCUGCCGGGGAGUUCUCCUGCCAACGGGGAUGACAAAACCAAGCUGGUGGUGACCAUGGUGGCUUGGGACCGCGCAGACCGCACCGUCAUCACAGCGGUUUCAAACUACCUUCUCAAAGUGUGGAACUCGUUGACCGGACAGCUCCUGCACGUGUUGUCUGGUCACGAUGAUGAGGUGUUUGUGCUGGAGGCUCACCCAUUUGACUCUCGCAUCAUGCUCUCUGCUGGCCAUGAUGGCAACAUUUACAUCUGGGACUUGACCAAGGGAGUCAAGAUCCGCAACUUCUUCAACAUGAUUGAAGGGCAAGGCCACGGUGCUAUUUUUGACUGCAAGUUCUCGGCUGACGGCCAACAUUUUGCCUGCACUGACUCUCAUGGCCAUUUGCUCAUCUUUGGCUUCGGCUGCAGCAAACCCUAUGAGAAGAUACCUGAUCACAUGUUCUUCCACACGGACUACCGGCCUCUCAUCCGCGACUCUAAUAACUACGUCCUGGAUGAGCAAACGCAGCAGGCCCCUCAUCUCAUGCCUCCACCUUUCCUGGUUGAUGUCGAUGGGAAUCCCCACCCUCCUCACUACCAGCGGCUGGUCCCAGGAAGGGAGAACUGCAAGGAGGAGCAGCUGGUCCCCCAGCUAGGCUACAUGGCUAACAGUGACGGAGAGGUGGUUGAGCAGGUCAUCGGCCAGCAGACGGCAGAAAACGGAGAAAGCAUAUUGGACAAUCUCAUCAGACAGCUGCAGAAUGAGCAGCAGAAUGCAGAGGGACAGCCUGAGGUGGCAGCCGCCGGUCAAGCAGCAGAUGAGGUGGCAUCAUCCCCUGUUGUGGCACCAAGAAGGAGCGGGCAGGUGGAGGGAGUGUGGCAGAUGCAGCAUAAUGCUUUGCGUAGUCAAGUAGCCACCGAGAGAGACCUGCUGGCCUGGAGCCGGAGAGUGGUGGUGAACGAAGUGCCACAGGGGGUGUUCAGGGUAAUGGAGGAGUGCAGACAAGCCAAAGGCGAGGUGGAGUGUUCCUUGUACAAUGCAGAGAAAAGGAAGAAACCAACAACCAGCACACCCAAGACUGAGCCACUGACUCGCAUGCGCUCUCUGCGGCCGACCAACAAGAAGCAGCAGAGGCGCCACUCCUAUCAGACCCGCUCAGCUCAAACCCGCCGCCUCGGGAACCGGACAAGAAAUCCCAGCAGCCGGCGUAACUCAGACAGCCAGGCAGACUCUGACAGCGACGGAGAUGCAGCAGAACAGGCGGAGCCCAGCGAUGCUUCGUCGGGUGGUGAAGCCCAGUGGCAGAGUGACAGCAGCUCCAGCGACUCUUCCAGUGAGUAUUCUGAUUGGACAGCCGAUGCGGGGAUCAACCUCCAGCCUCCUAAGCGACCAACCAGGAGGCCAGUGCAGCCUCAGGGUUACAGCAGCUCAGAGGAGGAGGAGGGGGAGGCAGACGCCCAGGGAGCAGAGACCAAGAGGAGGGAACGUGAAAAGAAGAAGAAGCCCAAACAGACUAAACAGAAACCCACCUCCUCCCUGGCUGGAAUUGAUGCAGAGGAGUGGCUGCCCCCAUCAUGGAUAAUGGACACUAUCCCACGCCGCUCUCCUUUUGUUCCACAGAUGGGAGAUGAGCUCAUUUACUUCAGACAAGGCCACCAGGCCUACGUCAGGGCUGUGCGUAAGGCCAAGGCCUACAGCAUCAACCCCCAGAAACAGCCGUGGAACAAGCUCAACCUCAGGGACCAGGAGUCAGUGAAGGUGGUUGGGAUUAAGUAUGAGGUGGGACCUCCCACUCUCUGCUGCCUAAAAUUGGCCUUCUUGGACCCAAUCUCAGGGAAAAUGACCAAUGAGUCUUUCUCCUUAAAGUACCAUGACAUGCGUGAUGUCAUUGACUUCCUGGUACUACAACAGUUUUACAACGAAGCAAAAGAGUGCAACUGGCAGCCAGGGAUGAGAUUCCGCAGCAUCAUCGAUGACGCUUGGUGGUUUGGUUCUGUGGAGGACCAGCAGCCUCUGCAGCCAGAGUAUCCAGACAGUCUGUUUCAGUGCUACGCAGUGAAGUGGGAUAACGGUGAGAGGGAGAAGAUGAGUCCCUGGGACAUGGAGCUGAUUCCUGAAGAAGCUGUGUUGCCAGAGCAGGUUGGUGAUGGAGUGGAAGUGUCAGAGGAGGAGUUGAAGGCCCUUCUCUACAGCCCUCAAGAAGGGGAGUGGGGGGCUCACACACGGGACGAGGACUGUGAGAGAGUCAUCCACGGUAUUGACGACCUUCUCACACUGGAUGUAGCCAAGGCAUUUGCCAUGCCAGUAGACCUGCGAGACUACCCCCUGUACUGCACUGCGGUGGCCUACCCCACUGACCUCAGCACUAUCCGCAAGCGACUGGAGAACCGCUUCUACAGGCGGAUCUCAGCGUUAAUGUGGGAGGUGCGCUACAUUGAGCACAACGCCCGCACUUUCAACGAACCCCAGAGUCCCAUUGUGGCUGCUGCUAAGGUGGUGACUGACGUCCUCCUUCGCUACAUCGGGGACCAGAGCUGCACAGACAUCCUGGAUCUGUAUCGCAAACUGAGGUCUGAGAUCAGCAGUGGAGGAGAGGCAGUCGAGGUGGAUGUGGACUCAGACACUCCAGGGACGUCUACAGGACAACGGGCGGCCAACUCCAGUUCUAAGAAGCGGGGCGUGGUGUUGGAUGUGAAAGCGUGGCGAGGUCAGUGUCGAGAGCUGCUACGUCGAAUGAUGGUCUGUCCAGACUCUGAGCCAUUCAGACAACCUGUGGAUCUCUUUGCUUACCCGGACUAUCGAGACAUCAUUGACACUCCUAUGGAUCUGGGGACAGUAUCAGAGACGCUAAUUGCAGGGAAUUAUGAGAACCCUAUGGAGUUUGCCAAGGACAUCCGCCUCAUCUUCAGCAACUCUAAGGCAUACACUCCAAACAAAAAGUCACAGAUCUACAGUAUGACUCUCAGCCUGUCAUCCUUCUUUGAAAGACAAAUCAUCUCCAUCAUCUCAGACUUUAAGUCGGCCCUUCAGCAUCAGCGGCGGACUCGCCAGAGACUCAGUUACAGGAAGAGGCUGCACAGCGGAGGCAGCUCUUCUCCCACCAGUCCCUCCCCCAGCUCUAAAGGGAAGCACAAGUCAGGGAAGAUGUCAAAGCCAAAAAAAUCCCAGACCUCAUCGAAGAGUCGUUCUCACAGGCCAUAUCAGGCUCCACAAAGCAGCAGUGUAGCAGUGGACGAGGACAGCCAGCCCUCCUCCUCCAGUUCAGGGACGAGUGGUGCGAACAGGAGCCAAGGGCCACGUCGGGUCACCCGCAGCCAAGCUACACCAGUGAAGAAGACAGGGCACCAGCGUAACUUGCCUCUGACCAAUGGGUCUAGACAGAGCCACAGGCGGGGGGCGCCACCAUCUAAUGAUGAGCAGCGGUCUGGAUCCAACAGCUCUUCAUCGGAGUCAUCCUCAAUGUCCUCGUCAUCCUCAUCUUCCUCUUCCUCUUCAUCCUCCGACAGCGAGAACAGCUCUGAGUCAGAGAUGGAGAAGUACGUGGAAGGGGGCGAUCACGACUACAGCAAAGCCCCUUGCCUAUCAGUCCGCCUCCUGGCCAAGGGUAAGGUCGCAGCCUCAGGGAAAAGGAGACGUAAAGGAGGAGAGGACGUCACACAGAGACCUAAAAGAGCACGAGUGCAGCCGCCGGAAGAGGAAGAGGAGGAUGAGGAGGAGGAGGAGGAGGAGGAGGAAGAGGAGGAGGAGGACGAAGAGGUGGAGCAGCAGCAGCAACAACAAGAGGAUGUCGGAGAUGAAGAGGAGGAUGAAGAGGAAGAGGAGGAGGAGGAGCCUGAAGAGGAGGAGCCGGAAGAGGAGGAGGAGGAGGACGAUGACUCAGAUCAGGUCCAGAGAGGGGCGGCGGCAGCAGCAGCAGCAGCAGCAGCAGCAACAACAACAACGAACAGUCUGAGGCGUAACCAGUGCAAGUCGGGGCGGGUUAACACGCGAAACCAGGGCCGCAGGACAGUUCUGUACAAGGACGAGUCAGAGGAUGAUGGCCAUGGGUCAAAGGAGGACCCCCUCAAUCUGGGCAUGUCCCGCUCAGGACGGGUACGCCGUAUGACUGAGAAAGCCCGCGUCAGCCACCUCAUGGGCUGGAAUCACUGACAUGUUGGCCCUUAUCAAACCUCAAUGCCCUUCCCUCAAAAAAAAAAAAAAACUGGUGUCUAGACAUGAGUAAUACUGCAGGGAUUUUUUUUUUGUUUUGUUUUCUUUGUUUUUAUAUAUAUAUACAUAUAUAUAGGAUUUUCUUUUUAUCUGAGACUGCUCAUGACUCUCAGACUGACAGCUGGUGCUCAAGAAAUGUUGCCAAGGAAUCUCUUUUCCCUGGUCUACAGAGCUACUGUUCAACACGGACCCUCUCCAACUCAACUAACUCACCUGCGCCUUACUGCUCUCUUGAGGAGCCUUAGACACGGGACUGCGCUUCUCCUCCUCGUCCUUUGUGUUUUUCAUGUCCGACACUAUAUCCUCUCUUUCCCACCUCUCUCCCAUAACUUUCUUACUCCUGGUCACCAAAGAAAGGUUCGGAGAUGCCAAAAAAAUGGUGCUCAUGUUUAAUUUCUCAAGGAGUGUGAUGGUUGUUUUUUUUUUUUUUCAUAGUGUAUACUUCACACACAUACACACACAAAAAAAUCACCCAGCUUGCAUACAGAAUCACAUAAGGUCACUGAUGUCAACGUUUUUUGGUAUUUGCUCUGUUUUCAGCUACCACAGGCCUUAGUUUUCAGAGGUGAACCAUACGCUCACACCAUUUAUGUUGUCUUUUUUCGGGACAGGCAUCUGGGUUUGGUCAGAGGACCGCUCUAUCUGUGGGUAAAGUUGAGUCGAGCGUAGUUUGGGACUAGCAAUACCGAGUAAGCAAGGUGACUUGGGUGAAUAGGACACACUUCCAUGGUAGUAUCCCAAAUCCUACAUCCUUUAUACCUGGCAAUGUGAGGUCCUUGGCCAGUGAAUGUUAAUGUUCUCCCUUCCUCACUUCCUUGUAGUUGUGUCGACACUGUUUUCAUAGAAGCAGACUGAACUGGACAGUUUGGCCCUUCAUUCUUUGUCCUUUAGAUAGAAUUAACUGCUUUUUUAGAGGCAAAAGUGUUGAUUUUCUUCUUCUGUUUGAGGCUUAAAAGGCAAUUGAUCAUUUUUGUACCAUCAUGCUCCAUGAUGGAUCAGAUCUCGGAUGCCCACAAAUACAGUUGCAUUCGUGGCACCGUCUCUACUCAGCAUGUUCAAAAACAUUAAGGUCCCUGGCCAACUCCCUUCUGCAGAAAUAUUUAUUUUUCCAUUGUACUAUAGUUUUCCCAUAACUUAAAAACUAUUUCUUCAGUGAUAAUGAUGAGGAAAAGGAAAUAUUUGCACAUUAUCUACUCCAUGUGGCAGCUGAGGAAUAAAGAUAUUAGAGAAAGAGAAACAAGACUUUUUCAUGCUUAUUGUGUAAACAAUGUUUGAACUGUGCCAGCACACUUUUGAUCCAGUCUUGUUUUUGUAAGAAAGAAAAAAAAAAAAUCAAACAGGAUCUUAAAAGAACCCUCUUACACCCCAUACAUAAUAGUGCUAUAAUUUCAAACAAAGCCUCGUCUGAUUGGUACUGGUAUUCAUGCUUUUCUUGGGCUAAUGUGAACUGAGUGAUCAUGUUUCAUGUUGUGGCAUUUUUUUCUUUUGCUUUGAGCAUCACUGAUCAAACCGUGCUGUUAGCUUGGAUCAGCAAUAGAUAGAUGGAGCGCUCCACAGGUGAAGAAAGUGUACAGAGUGGCCUUUGCCAUGAUAACACUGGCAUCAGGUGAUCUGUCUGUGCCACAGUGUCUAAGACAUGGUGGGGCUCUACAUACUAAAUCACUGAUUAUGACCCGAUCUGUCUUUGUUGCUGCCUUGCAAGCCAGGGCUCACUUACAUUCACUAUAAGGUGUUCUUCAUCUCGUGUCUGUUUAUAACCGUAGUUGUUUACUUAACGCUUGCACAGAAGGACUGUUUGGUUGGAUGGCAGUUGGUGAGACCAGUCUGCUCGGUAGGGAAAAAAAAACCGGUCGAUAUAUCAGCAAAAGUGCCCAACAAUGCUCAAUUCAAAACAUGGUGCGUAAGUUGAAAAAAUUCUCCUCAUCGCUGACCCUGAGGGCACCUAAAUCACAAGAGGUGCCCCAGGGGGUUUAUUUUUUCUCUUUUCUGGCUGAAGAUGAAGUUUGGUUAGGGGUCAGGGUCUCAGAGAUUAACAAAAAUCAAAGUCUUUCAUUUGCUCAGAGAGGCAGCAUUAACUGAUGUUUUGAAAUUAUUCUGGUUGUGCGAAGACUUAUGAUUCAUAUUUUGUAAACUUUAUUAUUUUCAUACAGUAGAUGGCUCUUAGGCUUGCCUCUAAGCAUCAGAUUAGUGGAUGGCAAAUACAACAAUAACAUUCUAGGUGGAAUAAGCUUAUGUGACUGUCUUUUUUUACACAAUGUUUUGAUUGUAUGUGUUUUUUAAAUAAAGAAGUGGAUUUCUCCAAAGAUGGAAUCCCUCA